AUGAGACAGACAAUAUCAAAAUUUCAGAGGAACAAUCCGCCAACCUUUGAAGGAGCAUACGACCCUGACAAAGCACAGGCAUGGCUGAAAGCAAUUGAGAAGAUCUUUCGAGUCAUGAAUUGUACUGGCACGCAGAAGGUGCAGUUUGGCACCCAUAUGCUUGAGAAAGAAGCUGAAGAUUGGUGGGACAACACUGUUCAGAGGUUUGAAGGUGAUGGGAUGGAGAUUACUUGGGAUCUUUUCAAGGGUGCAUUUCUGGAGAAGUACUAUCCAGAAGAUGUGUGUGGAAAGAAGGAAAUUGAGUUUCUUGAACUGAAGCAGGGUAAUGGAACCGUGGCGGAGUAUGCUACAAAGUUUGAGGAAUUGAUUAAGUUUUGUCCCCACUACAAUACUGCCGAAGCUGAGAGAUCUAAGUGUAACAAGUUUGUGAAUGGUUUGAGACCUGAGAUCAAGAAGGUUGUGGGAUAUCAACAGAUUAUCCGAUUUUCUGACCUGGUUAACAGGAGUAGGAUAUAUGAUGAGGAUAGCAGGGAAAGUGCUGCUCACUAG